GCUGCUCUUCUCUCCCGCACCUCAACCCCUCGCAGAGUGGACCCACUUCUGAAAAGAGUCGCGUUUUUUCCUCUCUGGGCCCGAGGCCCACUUGUUUAAAGGUCUUCUCUUUUUUUUUGGUUGCUUCCGGCAGCAGCGCAGGGACCGGCUCUUCCCCCCCUUCCUCCUCGGCUCUCUCUCCCUCACUUUACUUUUUUUUUUUGGAAGCUGAACUUUUAAAGGAAAAUGGGGCAUUGAGAGCGUUUGGCAGAUCUCCCCAGCGCUAUAAUGGCUACUGACACGUACCUGGUGAACGACGAUCCCACGAGAGGCCCGGGAAUGCCUGAAUGUUUCCUCGUGUCUGAUACUUACAGGGAUGAAUUCCACCCCUUCAUCGAGGCCCUCCUGCCCCACGUCCGAGCCUUCGCCUACACCUGGUUCAACCUGCAGGCCCGCAAGCGCAAGUACUUCAAGAAGCACGAGAAGCGCAUGUCCAAGGAGGAAGAGCGCGCGGUGAAGGACGAGCUGCUCGGGGAGAAGCCGGAGAUCAAGCAGAAGUGGGCCUCGCGCCUGCUGGCCAAGCUCCGCAAGGACAUCCGGCCGGAGUUCCGCGAGGACUUUGUGCUCACCAUCACGGGCAAGAAGCCGCCCUGCUGCGUCCUGUCCAACCCCGACCAGAAGGGCAAGAUCCGCCGCAUCGACUGCCUGCGCCAGGCCGACAAGGUGUGGCGGCUGGACCUGGUGAUGGUCAUCCUGUUCAAGGGCAGCCCCCUGGAGAGCACGGACGGCGAGCGGCUGGUCAAGUCGCCUCAGUGCACCAACCCGGGGCUGUGCGUGCAGCCGCACCACAUCGGAGUGUCCGUCAAGGAGCUGGACCUCUACCUGGCCUACUUUGUCCACUCGCCAGAAUCUGGACAAUCAGACAGCUCCAGCCAGCAGGGAGACACAGACAUCAAACCCCCCCCCAACGGGCACCUGAGCUUCCAGGAUUGCUUCGUCACCUCAGGGGUGUGGAACGUGGCGGAGCUGGUCCGAGUUUCACAGACUCCCGUUGCCACGGCGUCGGGGCCCAACUUCUCGCUGGCCGACCUGGACAGCAGCCCCAGCUACUACAACAUUAACCAGGUGGCCCUGGGCCGGCGCUCGCUCACCUCUCCUCCCUCCACCAGGUCUGAGGUGGAGUUGUACGCAAACCUUCCACGGAGCUCCACCAAGAGGAAGUCCCUGGACGACAGCGAGCUGGAAAGCCCCACGGACGACGUCUUCUACCACGGACGCUCGCCCGCCGCCAGCUCCUCCCAGUCCAGCGCCUGGCCCAACGACAUGGACCCAGUGCAGCACCAUUUGGCGAGUGUGCAGGAGAGGAAGAUAAAACAUGAAAACGAUGGCGUGCAGUUUCCUUACCAUGGACUGUCCUCGCCUGGUUCACUUAAGAAGCCGGGGAAGUUUGAUUUCAACGCCCUGACUUCCCAGACGAGGUCCCCCCGCAUGACGUUCACACACCACCCGCUGCCCGUGCUGGCAGGAGUGAGACCAGGGAGUCCCCGCGCCUCGGCCUCGGCGCUGCACUUCCCCUCCUCCUCCAUCAUCCAGCAGUCCAGCCCGUACUUCACCCACCCCACCAUCCGCUACCACCAGGACCCGCUCAAGGAGUUCGUGCAGUUCGUGUGCACCGACAGCACGGGACAGCCCAGCGCCCAGUCUAACGGCGGGGGCCAGAGCAAAGUGCCGGGCUCCUUCCUGCUGCCCCCCCCGCCCCCGGUGGCCCGCCCCGUGCCCCUCCCCCUGCCCGACUCUAAACCAAUCAGCACGCCUGCUGACGGCGGACUCAGCGCCCCCGCAUCUCCGUCAUACUCCACGCCAGGCUCCACAGCUCCCAACCGGUUUGUCGGCAUCGGAACACGGGACAACUUUCUGAAUAUCCCCCAGCAGACUCAGUCUUGGUUCCUCUGACAAGGCCUCUCCGAAUCAACAGCUAAAAUUGUGUCAUCAAAAUUGGAAAUUAGAGAAAAGUAUCGCCGCUGAUCAAGAAACAAACUGCUGACACUAAAAGGUCUUCUUCGCCAAACACUAUUGAAAGUACUACUACAGACCCCGACGCCCCGCCCCCACGACGCCGCCCCCCCCGAGAGGACUCCCACGCCAACGCGACCCGAGCAGGAAUGUUGGUCCUCGCUCUCGCAGGAGAGGCCUCGACGAGAUUUAGUGGACAGACUCAGGAGACGAGGAGGAGGAGGAUGAAGAUGAGGAACUGUCUCACACACACCAUGAAAUGUCAGAAAGGAAACGGUGUCGAACCCUGACGAAUGACCAAUUAAAACAUCUGUUUUUCUUUCUUUUUUUUUAUACUUUUUUUUUAUUUUGUUGUCUCCACAAUGAAACUCCAUGCAUUGGCUGAGAGAUCCAAAAAAAAACAAACAAAAAACACAAAAAAAAAAAAAAAAAAAGAGAGAA